AUGAAGUCCGACUUCGCAACCGAUAUUUGGACAACUGCUCCUGUUACUGGGAAAAACCAGGGCAGCAAUGUUACUGACAAAGAUUUGAACGGGUUUCAAUCACGAACAUCUGACAUUGGUCGCGUAAUUCCACAACAGGAGAUUCUUUCUCGUGUUGUCCCAUUUUGGGAAUUGUUUAUUAGUAGUGUUGGUCUUUUUGGUUAUCAUAUUGUAACUUUAGCUGCACAUAAUAUCGGUGGUAACCGUCCUUAUACCGUCCUUUUUUUGGACGGAUGCAAAUCAGAAUUUCAACAACCAAAUCUUGACGUGUGCGCAACAUCAAUUUUGACUUGGUGCUUGAUUGGUGGGGCUCUGAUAUAUUUUCUUUUGACCUCAAUAUUAGCAUUGCUUUUAUAUAAGGAAUGUCAUAGGAAUGGUUAUCCUGGUUCAUUCACGGCUCUAUGGAAUUCCCCAUUUUUUCUUGUUUGCUACUUUUUCAAUGAACAACGACGUAUAGAUCUUUUAACCAUUCCCAAUAGAUUCAUGAAAUUUAGAAAAUGGACUAAUUGGCAACUUCAUAGAUUUGCUUUGGCGUCAUAUUCGCUGAUAACUACACUUUUAGUUGUAUAUUAUUUAACAAGAAAAACUGUUGAUAAUGACGACCUUAUAAUACAAAAGGAAUAUAAAAGUGAUGAUAAAUUUUGUUAG